AUGUCUCGUCAAAAUUAUGCGGUAGCGACUGGCGUUGACGUUCGUCUCGCGGCGCGCAAUGAAGUACACACUGGUCCGACUUCGGGCCUUGCGCCGGGCUUCCUACAGGCCAACUUGUUGGUUUUACCAGUUGAAUAUGCCGACGACUUCAGAAAGCUCUGCGCGCGCAACCCGGUGCCGUGUCCCCUCAUUGCCGAAUCCUCGUGCCUGGGCAGCUUCGACAGCGUCUCAGGCAGCACCACGCCCCGCCUGACCAUGAAGGGCUGCGUCGACCUGCGGACCGACAUCCCGGCCUACAUGGUCUACCGCGACUCGAAGCUGGUGCGGUCGCACUGCCGGGACAUCAAGGACGAGUGGACGGCCGGCCACGUCGGGUUCCUGAUUGGCUGCUCGUACAGCUUCGAGACGGCGCUGGCGGCGGCGGGCCUGCCGCCGCGGCAUGUCGCGCUGCGGCGCAACGUGCCCAUGUACCGGACGACGCUGGCGCUGUGCCCCGCGGGCGUGUUCACGGGCGGGACGUACGUCGUCUCGAUGCGGCCGUACCGGCGGCGCGACGUGGAGCAGGUCCGGGCGGUGACGAGGCGGUUCGGCGCGACGCACGGCGAGCCGAUUGCGUGGGGGUGGGAGGCGCUGCAGGCGCUGGGCAUACGGGACGUCGAUGCGCCGGAAUGGGGCGACGCGCCGCUGACGAUGGACGGGAGGCCGUUGGGGGGGAUGAGAAGAGAGCAGGGCGAGCAGGGAGAGGAGGAAGAGGAAGAGGUGCCGGUGUUUUGGGGAUGUGGCGUGACACCGCAGGAGGCCGUGAUGAGAGCUGGACUUAGAGGCGUGGUGAUGGCGCAUGCACCUGGUCAUAUGCUGCUGCUGGAUGCAAGGGAUGAGGAUGUUGUUGGUUGA